CCUAAGUAGCGGUAUUACUUGUAGCGAAUUCCAUAUCGAGCAUACGUCCUAAGCUAUCAUCACUAUUGCGUUUAAAUAACUUCUCUCAACUUUUACUCGUUGACACCAUGAUUUAUUUAGGUUUAACUAUUUUUGCAUCCUGCCUGUGCUUUCCAAAUGAUGCUUUCCCUCUGGCUGUCGAUCUAAAUACUAGAGUUGAAGAAUAUUUUGUCAAGCUGAAUAUUACCGAUCCAACAUCGAAUGAGCGCCUGAUCGCACGAGACUUGAUUUACGAACGUGAAAAAGCGGAAGCAGAGGCUCGCCAGCAGCGUGAAAGGGCUAAAGGUGCUGAAGAUGCUAAAAAAACAGUCCAAAAGGAACUGAAUAAAUUCAAGUAUCCAGUUACCAUAGGCAACGAAAUCGAUACUUUUUUCGAAAUACACGACUGGAAGGUUAAUAUAACCGCUGCGGAGGAUAAAAUGAUCAAACAAAUUGGGGAUCAGCAAAGGAGAGUGAGAGUAAAGCUGGUAAAAAUAUGCGAGCAUAUUAUUAGCGAUUUGAAUAGUACCGACCCUGAUAUUCAAGACUUAAACGAAGAAAUCGAUUCUCCUAAUAACCAGCAGUUGAAGAAAAUAGCCGAUCCAUCAAAACGAAGAAAUGUGUUCUGCAAUGCCCUGGUAUGGGCAAAAGUAAAAAGAAAUAAGAUUCACGACCUAAUAGCUGAUGGCACCGAUUUGAAGAAGUACAACAUUUUCGUUCGGGAGAGUUGGAAUGAAUGUCUUUCGAUAUUUGUGAAUGUUCUCACGGCAAAGCAGGGACUGAAAGAAAGUGAAGAGGAACUUGAUAUUCCUCAAUCUUGAUCUGCAGAAUAAUACGAGUACAACAAUAUGAAACUGUAUCUGCAGUACCAAAUUUUUUUCUAUGAAAAUAAAAUUGCGUGAUAUAAUGA